AUGGAAGCAUGGAAUAUGGAAGAACCGUUACAAUGGCUCACUCAUACUUUAAGUUUAUUUCCUCACUCGACCGAUCACUUCAAAAGCUACUCACAGAAUGAAGCUGCCGCGAUUGUAGUUUUAUUAUUUUAUGAUCGUCUUGCAGUGGUUUUAAGAAACGGAACGAAAAGUGGAGAAAAUGUGAUGAAGUAUCGUGACGAAGAGUAUGUAGAGCGGUUUGAUGAUUUAAUGAACUCCAACAAAAAAUCUCACAUGACAAGGGCACACCACGGCAUAUCUAAUUGUCUGUACCCUUAUUAUUCAAUACAACUUUUUUGUGCAUUUAAGUAA